AUGGAUAAUCACGACAAGACCAUAUCUAAUUGCAAAAGGUGCAAUCAGUCAGAUACGGUGGACGCUCGAAUGGUUGCAUGCGAUCAGUGUCAGCUUUGGGAGCACUUCACGUGUGCAGGCGUAGACGAUACGGUCAAAGAUUUACCGUAUUUAUGUAAGGCUUGUGCUGCGCAGGUGAGUGCCGAUAACUCGAAAAAUACGAAUAAGUUACGAGCCGACAAUAGGUCCGCCAAAUCCGGUGGAAGAUCGGUCUCGAAAAAGAGUUCUAAGCUGCCCUCCGUUACUGUGAGUCAAACCGCGAGUGCACGAGCGGCGGCUUUGAAAGCGCAAAUGAAGCUUAUUGAAGAGGAGAAACAAAUUAAAGGGCAGGAGUUGAAGGAGCAAGAAGAAUUGCAGAAUCUUGAACUGGAAGAAGAACGAAGGAUGAUCGUAGAGAAAAAGCAACUGUUGGAAGAAGAAAGGAAGCUACGCCAACGAAGACUAGAAGAACAACGGGCGUUGCUUAAGAAGCAGCAAUUCAUCCGUCGAGAAUCGAUGGAAAAGAAGAAUGAAGUAAUCAAACAAGUAUCAGAGCGAGGGAGCGAAACAAGCUCGGUUCCCGACUCAGGCGACAAAUUGAAAGAUUGGCUGGAGGACCACCAUACCGACGGAAGAUCUAUGGAGAAAACAACGGGGGAACAGGAAACGCAUAAAGGCCUUCGACCAAUGGUCUCCAUAGACCCGUUGGCUCUUCAGCGCAUGACGUCAUACCGAAAUAUCCUUGCAGCUACGCGGACAUCAGUUCGUGAACCACAAAGACAGACCAUCUGA